GUGUUGCCCUUCUUUGCAGCUACAUGGUGUCAUGUUCUCAAGCGCAUGUGCCGCUGUAGAGGUCGACAUCUUGCCUGACGGAGACCUGAAUGGACUGGCUGCAGGAGACCACGUGGUCCUGGAGGCUGCGUCUGGCUCCUUGCUGCAAGCGCUGCGCCUGCAAGAUGGAUUUUUGGCCAUCCGCGCCGGGCGCGUGCAAACUUUCCAGGUGGCGCGCAAGCUUCCAGCCGCCUCCAAAGUGAGGUACCCGCCUCCCUUUGCGCUUGACUCCGAUGCCCUGCGGACAUCGGCCUUGGAGCGCGCGCGCGGAUUUCUCGGAAUGGACGAGGGGCAGGUUAGAGAGGCUCUGCAGCAAUCCGGCGCGGAUGACUUGCCGGUGGCUGGCGAGGCCAUUGCAGAGCGGCUCAUCACCUUUUGCAUCACGGGCCUGUGCUGGCACUGGCCCGUGGCAGAUGCUCACAGCAGGCGACUCGGCCUGAAACAGGGCUCCAAGGCCAUGCCCGAGAAACGCUUUGACCUUGCUCCACUGACGAUCACACAGACGCGCAGGGAAGUGUCAAACGUGGACGAGAGCUCAGGCAACGCCUCUCCGGCAUUGAAGUCAGACGGGAAAGCACGGGAUGACGUCAUUGCUGGAAAGAUACAGGAGAAAGCAAUUUCGACAGCGAUCCACGUCGGUUGCCGCGGGUCUGCUGCAAGGGCGGCAGGUGCUGCCGCGGCGAUGACGGUAGAGGGCUAUGCGCUGUACAAAGAAAUCGGGCGGCAUCGCGAUCAGCUGGAUGGCAAGAACAUCAGUUCGGACCAGUUCGCGGAGAAGGUGUGCGAAAGCACCGUCAGCUCUUCCGGGAGAGCCAUUGGCAGCCUGGCUGGCGCUGCGAUUGGGCAGGCUUCCAUUCCAGUUCCUGUCGUCGGUGCUGUGAUUGGUGGAGUCGCAGGAGCCGCGUGCGGUGGCUUCUAUGCGAAUAGCUUGGUUCGCGGGGCGUGGCGACUCUCAGGUGGAUCAGCCAAGGGAGGUGACGACAUUGUCCGCUGCGUGGAGCAUGCGCCAGAGCCAGAUCAUCCAGCACUCGCACGCGAGGAACCUGUGGCUCGGGAACCGGCUCGUUCCAAAGACGUGGGAUGCAGCGGCGAGUCGGAGCCGAAGCUGACGGAGGACUUGCUGUGACGGGAAUCGUAACGAAGGUGUGGGCCACAAUGGUUGGCGCUGGGCCCUUCUCGCAUUUUCCACACCUCAAAGAGCAGGUGCCAGAGCAGGUGCCAGAGCAGGUGCCAGAGCGUCUCACCAUGGUUUGCACCGGUUGGACUGGG